GCCCUGACCGUCGGCCCGGGUUUGCUCUCCAGGGAGGACAGGCGCGAUGACCGGCCCCCGCCCCCUGGAGCUGUGGCAAUCCAAGGCGGUGUCCAUGCGUGAGCGGCUGGGCAUCGGGGACCGGCCCAACGACUCCUACUGCUACAACUCGGCCAGAAACAGCACUGUGCUGCAGGGGGUCACCUUCGGCGGCGUCCCCACCGUCCUGCUCAUAGACGUCAGCUGCUUCCUGUGUUUAAUUUUGGUGUUUUCCAUCAUAAGAAGGAGAUUCUGGGAUUAUGGCCGCAUUGCCCUGGUGUCAGAAGCAGACAGUGAGUCCAGAUUCCAGAGAUUGUCGCCAUCUUCCUCUUUCGGGCAGCAAGAUUUUGAAAGCGAGCUGGGAUGCUGCCCCUGGCUGACCGCCAUCUUCCGCCUACACGAUGAACAGAUCCUGGAGUGGUGUGGGGAGGACGCCAUCCACUACCUGUCCUUCCAGAGACACAUCAUCUUCCUGCUGGUGGUGGUCAGCUGCUUGUCCCUGUGUGUCAUCCUGCCUGUCAACCUCUCGGGUGACUUGCUGGACAAAGACCCUUACAGCUUUGGGAGGACGACGAUAGCAAACCUGCAGACUGACAAUGACCUUCUCUGGCUGCAUACCAUAUUCGGGGUCCUCUACCUCAUCCUCACCGUGGGCUUCAUGCAGCAUCACACGCGGUCCAUCCGGUAUAAGGAGGAGAGCCUGGUGAGGAGGACCCUGUUCAUCACGGGCCUCCCCAGAGACACCAAGAAGGAGAGUGUGGAGAGCCACUUCCGGGACGCGUAUCCCACGUGUGAGGUGUUGGACGUCCAGCUGUGCUACAACGUGGCCAGGCUGUUACACCUGUGCAAGGAGAGGAAUAAGGCGGAGAAGAGCCUGAGCUAUUACAUGAACCUGCGGGUGAAGACGGGCCAGUGGACCCUCAUCAACCCCAAGCCCUGCGGCCAGUUCUGCUUCUGCGAAGUGCCGGGGUGUGAAUGGGAGGAUGCCAUCGCUUACUACACGCGCCUGAAGGACCGGCUGACUGAGAGGAUCGCCGAGGAGCAGUGCCGGGUCCAGGAGCGGCCGUUGGGAAUGGCCUUCGUCACCUUCCAGGAGAAGUCCAUGGCCACCUACAUCCUGAAAGACUUCAAUGCCUGCAAGUGUCAGAGCCUGCAGUGCAAAGGUGAGCCCCAGCCAUCCUCCUGCAGCAGGGAGCUCCGCACCUCCAAAUGGACAGUGGCCUUUGCCACUUACCCUGAGGACAUCUGCUGGAAGAACCUCUCCAUCCAGGGCUUCCGCUGGUGGUUCCAGUGGCUGGGCAUCAACUUCACUCUCUUCGUGGGGCUGUUUUUCCUGACCACGCCCUCCAUCAUCCUGUCCACCAUAGACAAGUUCAAUGUCACCAAACCCAUCCAUGAGCUGAACGACCCCGUCAUCAGCCAGUUCUUCCCGACCCUCCUGCUGUGGUCCUUCUCGGCCCUGCUGCCUACCAUUGUGUACUACUCCACGCUGCUGGAGUCUCACUGGACCAAGUCAGGAGAAAACCGGAUCAUGAUGUCGAAAAUCUACAUAUUCUUGAUCUUCAUGGUGCUGAUCCUGCCCUCCCUCGGCCUCACCAGUCUGGAUUUUUUCUUCCGGUGGCUCUUUGACAAAACUUCCUCAGAAGCCUACAUCAGACUGGAGUGCGUCUUCCUGCCCGACCAGGGCGCCUUCUUUGUGAACUACGUCAUCGCCUCGGCUUUCAUCGGCAACGGGAUGGAGCUGGUCCGGCUGCCGGGCCUGGUGCUCUACACCUUCCGCAUGUUCAUGGCCAAGACUGCGGCCGACCGCAGGAACGUCAAGCAGAACCAGGCGUUCCAGUAUGAGUUCGGGGCCAUGUAUGCGUGGAUGCUGUGUGUCUUCACCGUCGUUGUGGCCUACAGCAUCACCUGCCCCAUCAUCGCGCCCUUCGGCCUCAUCUACAUCCUGCUCAAGCACAUGGUGGACCGGCACAACCUCUACUUCACCUACCUCCCGGCCAAGCUGGAGAAGAGGAUCCACUUGGCGGCCGUGAACCAGGCCUUGGCUGCUCCCAUCCUGUGCCUCUUCUGGCUCUGUUUCUUCUCCUUCCUGCGCCUGGGUCUGAAGGCCCCCCUCACCCUGUUCACCCUCCUGGUCGUGCUGCUCACCAUCCUGGUCUGCGUGGCCUACACCUGCUUUGGAUGCUUCAGGCACCUCAGCCCACUGAACUAUAAGAUGGAGGACUCGGGGAGCGACAGAGGAAGUGAGGCAGACGCCCCCCGGCCGGCACCCUUCACGCCCUACAUGCCCCGGAUUCUGCAGGGCUUGUCCUCGGAGGGAACUGCCCUGUCCCCACAGCGGCGGCAGAACUACGGCACCAUCCACAGCAUCAGCGGGACUGUCCCAGGGCAGUGCCCGGCCCCGGGCCCCGGGGCCAGGGACAGUGGAGCGCCUGCCUACCAGGAGGCCUGA